AUUCCAUUCCAUUCCAUUCUCUCUUGCGAUCCAAACACAAUAAAGCUAUGGCGACCAACAUUGUUUCCUUUCACCUUCUGGUUUUUUGCUUGGUGGUUUUCCAAUGCUAUGGUGCAAACCAGGGAGCCACCACCUUCAUUAAGACCUCAUGCAGAGCCACGCGGUACCCGCCCUUAUGCGCCCAGACCCUCUCUUCUUACGCCAACUCAAUCCAACAAAACCCGCACCAGCUCGCCCAAACCGCUCUCUCCGUCAGCCUAGCCAGGGCGGGAUCCGCCGCAAAGUUCAUCCUCGGCCUCACAAAAACUGCCGGGCUGAAGCCCAGGGAGUCGCAGGCUCUCAAGGACUGCGCGGCUAACAUGGCCGUCACCGUGGCUCAGCUCAAGCGCUCCAUCAAGGAGCUGAGCCAGACGGACAAUGUGCCCAAGCGUAGCUUUUCGUGGCGAGUCGGGAACGUGCAGACAUGGGUGAGCACUGCUAUAACUAAUGGGAACAAUUGCCUUGAUGGGUUUUCUGGAUCCGCCAUGGGUGGGAGCGUGAAGGGUGCCGUUAGUCCCAAAGUGCUUAUUGUGGUACAAGUCACCAGCAAUGCUCUCGCUUUGGUUAACAACUUUGCUGCUAGGCAUAAGGCUGGUGCAUCCACCAAUGUUCCUUGAAUGAAUGGGUGACCACAAGUUCGAUCUUGGUUA